GUAAAAAUCGGUCUGAACUCUUCUGGUUUCUUCUCUCUCUCUAAUGGAGUUUCUCUCGCGAAUUUGAAGACUUGUUUGAAGAAGAAAUGGCAUAGAAAAUCUCCACAUUCAUCACUUAUUCAACCGUAUUCUUCACGCUUUGUCGGUUCAUAGAUUUGUUCGGUGGAGGGAACUGAUAAGAGUGUUUGCUAAAUGGCGACUGAAAUAACCAAAACCCUAGAUGAAGUCGGUGGGUUUGGAGCUCGAGAUGAUUCUCGUCUCGAAACCCUAAUUCCUGAUUCUGUUGCUUCUGUUGCUCAUGUUGCUCGAACUGAGGAGAAUGGAGCUGAGGAUAAUCAUGUUGAUGUUGAUGAGGAUCUUGCUGAUGAAAAUAGGGUUUUAACAGUGAAUACUACUACUAUUACUACUACUGAAGUUGUUGAGAUUCAAACUACUGUUGAAACUAGCUUCCAAGGUCCGGCUGAUGAAGUUGAAAUGGAGGUAGAUGGUGAUGUUGUGGCUGCUGGUGUAUGCGAAAACAAGACUGAACAGGAAGAGGAAGAGGUGGAGCAGGAGGAGGGAUUAGCUUCACUUGCUGUGGAUGAGGCCGAGGUUGAGGCUGAGGUUGAUGCUGAGGGGAAUAAUGACCUAGAUGAAGAUUCUGAGAAAGUUGUGGAGUUGGAGAAGAUGGAUAUCGAUCUUAACGGGGAAGAAGAAGAGGAAAACAAAGAUGAUAUCGAUUCCAUGGAUGGCGAAGAGAAAGAAGGAUAUAUAAUAGGUGACCUUGUAUGGGGGAAAAUCAGGAGCCAUCCAUGGUGGCCUGGACAAAUUUAUGAUCCAUUAGACGCAUCAGAUUACGCUAAGAAACAGAAAUCGUCUGGACAUCUAGUCGCAUAUUUCGGAGAUGGCUCUUUCUCGUGGUGCUCUCUGUCUCAGCUCCGACACAUUGAAGAAGAUUUCGACGAAAAAUCUCGUCAAAGCAACAACAAAAACUUCACAACUGCGGUUGAGAACGCACUGAACGAGGUCAUCAGGCUUGCGAAACUUAAGAUGACGUGUUCUUGUAUACCUGUCGAGCCUGAACGGCAAUCUGUUGAAAACGCGGGAAUCAAACAGGGAGUUCUCGUGCCAGAUCAUGGUAUAAGCUUGUUGAAGACAGUUGGUUUCGAAUCGCAUGAGUUACUCGAGAAUAUCAAAUCGAUUGCUAAGUUUUCUUCGGCUAAGAAUAGGCUAGAGGUUGCAACCAUUACCGGUUUGUUGUCUGCUUUCAAUAGAGCAAAAGGUGGUCAUCGAUUGGCUGUGUAUAAUGAUACGUGUUACAUCGAUGGUCUGGAAGAUAAGAAGAAGAAGGAUGUGAAGAAGGUGGUUUUGUCUCAUCUCAAUAUUCCAGAUGAAAUCGUGAGCGAUGAAGAGUUUUCUUCUUUGAAGAAGAAGAAAGGGGGUGAAAGCUCAAUUGAUCUUCACCAAAGGAAGAAGAAAAGCGUGGCUGAUCUCUUGAAAGAGUCCAAAACUGUUGAGACUGACGAUUAUCAAACUCCGACUCUGACUACUAAGAAGUUGAAAUCCGAGAAGAAAAGUAAGACAGCCAGUGAAUCUAGCCAUAAAAGGACCAAAACGAAGAUCAAUGAGAACAACGAGAAUAAUGAAAAAGGCGGCGAUGAAGAAAAUGUGGAAAUAGUUCAUACCCCAAGAGAAAGGAAGAGGAGCAAAUACUUAUCGCCGCCUUACACAAAUCCAAACGCGUUCUUCUCCAAACGGGACUUCAGAUCAGAUUCUGUCGAGGCAGCCAAGAUUGAACCAGUGAUGAAUUCUUCAGAAUCUUCUGCCAAAACAAACUCUCCUGUAACAUCAGAUUCCUUUUCGAUCGAAUCCAACGAGACAGCAAAGGAAGUUCUCUCCGUAUUGAAGUCUGCAGCUCUCAAUCCACUCGAUCUGAAGAAGAAGAAUCCUUUAGGUAUCACAAAGGGAAUUCUCCGCUUGUUCAGAGAGGCUUACUAUUUAAACGGAUCUACCUACAAAGAGUACCACCAAAGCCAGCGCGUCGGAAAGAAGAGAAAUCUGGAUAAUUCUCGAGCCAGCCUUGGCAAGAAAAAGCUCAAGGCGUGUGGGGAGGACAAAGCUAAAGAGGAGAAAGCUAAACCGAAGUUACUUAUGGCGACGUUUCCACCUGGAUUCUCGUUACCAUCUAAGGAUAAGAUAAUCGGGAUGUUUAGUAAGUUCGGGUUACUAAACGAGAUGCUGACAGAAGUUUCUUAUAACUCUUAUUGUGCUAGAAUCGCUUUUGUUAAUAGCUCAGAUGCUGAAGAGGCGUUCAAGGCUUGCAGUUUGGGAGAGGAGAAGGGGAACCCUUUUGGAGAUGAUGCUGCUGGUAAAGUGAAAUACAGACUGGAACUUGCAACUGGUACGGAGGUUGAUGCGAAACCAAGAACUAAGAAUGACGAGGAUAAGAAUAGAUUCGUAUUCAUAAAGAAGAAACUCGAGAAGAUGGCAUCGAUGCUGGAGAAAUGCGAUGGGAGUUUGUCGGGGGAGAGGAAGAAGAAACUGGAAGAUGAAAUGAAAGGUCUGCUGGGGAAGGUAAGUGAAAUGUUCUAAUAAUAAUAAAUACUCUGUAGUAGAAUGGAAUUAGUUUAUAGCAGACUGUUUACGAUCUUCUGAACUCGAACUCGUAGCUAUGGAGAUUGUUACGCUUGUUGUGUCUGUUUAGAGAGUUGUAUGAAACCCUAGAAAAGAGGAUUUGUUUGAUUCUGUUUGAUUACUACUAGCUAGCUAGUUAGGCCUACUAAGCUUCUUCUUCUUCUUCUUCUUCAUGUUGUUCUUGUUUUAGAUAUUCACAAAAUACAUUUGGUGGUUCUGUUUUAUGAUUUUGAUUAUGAUGCACUAUAUGCCAUCCUUCAUUUUGUUGU